AUGUCUUCUCCUCGCCCUUCGGCCGAAUCUCAAGAGAAAUGGCCUCGGGAUGCACAGCGCGUGUCUCAUGAUACUGAUUCCAUCGCGGAGACGGUCUCUUCGGUGGAUACACAUGCCGACAAUGAUGCGAUUGGCAAGACACUGACGGCGCGUACGUCGCGGGUGUCGGAUCAUAUGUCGCUAGCGGAACGAGUUACAACGAUCCCGACGAACGCGACAGCGGAUCCUAAUUACGAGGUUGAUUGGGAGGGUGAGGAUGAUCCUGAGAAUCCCAAGAACUGGCCGUUGAAGUAUAAAGCCAUGGGAUUGGCAUUCUUGUCAUGGAAUACACUGGUUGUCGUGCUUUAUUCGACCUCCUAUACUUCGGGCGUGGUUCAGAUCGGUAAUGAAUUCGACAAGUCUGAAACGGUCGUGACCCUAGGUCUUACGUUCUACCUCAUCGGUCUAGCUAUCGGGUCUAUGUUCAUGGCGCCGCUGAGUGAAGUCUACGGCCGUAAGCCUAUUUGUGUCUUGUGUCUGGCUCUCUUCACGGUCUUGAUCAUUCCCUGCGCGCUCGGUACCUCGGUGACGGAAUUGAUUGUCGUUCGUUUCAUCGGUGCUUUCUUCGGCAGUGUCAUGAUCUCCACUGCGCCGGGUAUGGUGGCUGAUCUUGUGGAUGAUGAGCAUCGUGCGCUGGCUAUUUCGAUUUGGAGUAUUGGGCCGUUGAACGGACCGGUUCUGGGUCCUGUGAUUGGAGGUUUCGUCACGCAAUAUCUCGGCUGGCGCUGGAUGUGCUGGAUUGCACUGAUGUUUUCCGGCGUGGCGUUGGGCUUCGCAUUGAUUCUCAAGGAGACGUACGCUCCGACGUUGCUGCAGAAGAAAGCUGCCAGGCUGCGCAAGGAAACCGGUGAUUCGCGAUGGUGGUCUCGCUACGACCAAAAGGCCAGCCUCUAUGAGAUCCUAAAGCUAAACCUGAGCCGACCGUUCGUGAUGGCUGUUACCGAACCCAUUUGCAUCUUCUGGAACAUCUACAUCGCCAUCAUCUACGGCAUUCUAUACCUGUGCUUCGUCGCCUACCCAAUCGUCUUCGAAGACAUUCGAGGCUGGGACCUCGGUCUAUCCGGUCUCGCCUUUAUGGGAAUCGGCAUCGGCGUUGUUAUCACGAUCGCUAGCGAACCACUCGUGCGCCGACUCAUCAAUCGCCACAAGAUCGACCCGGAGACGGGUCGCGUGUACCCCGAAGCCAUGGUCUCCUUCGUCUGUAUCUGUUCCCUCCUCAUCCCAGUUGGUGAGCUCUGGUUCGCCUGGACCUGCUCUCCUGCCUCGAUUCACUGGGUCGUGCCGCUGCUGGCGGGUAUUCCCUUCGGCGCGGGCAACACGGGUGUGUUCAUCUAUGCAUCCAAUUAUCUCAUUGGUAGCUACGGUAUGUACGCUGCUUCCGCUUUAGCGGGCAAUUCCGUCAUCCGUAGUGUUCUGGGUGGUGUGCUUCCGCUGGCCGGAUCAUACAUGUAUGACAGUCUUGGGCCGAACUGGUCUGGUACGCUGUUGGGAUUACUUGAGGUGGUUAUUGUGCCUAUUCCGUUUGUGUUUUAUAAAUACGGGCAUAUAAUCCGCCAAAAGAGUACUCUCAUUCAACGUAUGCAGGAGGAUAAGAAGAAGUUGGAGGGCAAGAGGGCGCGCAGAGUGCCCCGGCAGGCUGUUGCUCUAAAUGAUGAGGAGAAGCAGCAUGACGCCGAGUGA